AUGUCGGCAGGAAGUGGACUUCACGGUGGUAAUCCUGUGAGUACUCCAGAAAUCAAUAAGGUAAGCGUAAAGCUUCCUCCCUAUUGGGUAGAAAAGCCCAAUAUUUGGUUUUGCCAAGCCGAAACUCAGUUUACAAUCGCUGCUUCUGCAACGAAGUUCAAUUACCCGUUGGCCCGGUUUGAACCGAAAUAUGUCGAAACCAUCUGGGAUUUGGUAUCCAGUGAUGAAAAUAAUAAAUAUUCACUGGCAAAAGAACGACUCUUAACAAUUUUCAAGGAAAAUGAGGACCAUAAAAUAAAAAAAAAGUGUGGGUUGGAACUGGGCGAUAUGAAACCUAGUCAGUUAUUACGAAAAAAUGCAAAACUAUGCUGUGACCAACUUGUCGGAAUACGCUUUAAAAACAUUGUGGCUCGAUAA